UGAAAGUGAAAGUGCCAAAGUGGGGGCUACACAUGUAAUGUGGAUGAAAGGUUUGCGGCGUUAACACAGACCAUAUCAAACGUUCGGAGUGGCAUAUUAUUUUCCUGUGACUUAGUUCAUCAUCAAAGAGACUUGAAAGUGAGUCCUUUAUUUAAACAUUGGAAUAGCAGGCUCCAGGGUCAUGCGGCUGCGUCUUCUUUCCCUCCUUCUUAUCGUCAAAGUGUGUCGACUCAAUACUGUCAGUCCAGACGUGUGCCCACCUCCGUCUCAUUGGAAUCUCACCAAGCCCCUGAACACGAGGGAUAGUUAUAAAGAAAACGAAUCUCUGCGCUACCAGUGUGUGGAUGGCUAUGUGAGGAAGGCGGGAACCUCCAAUCUCACCAAGUGCAAACGGAUUGGUCAGGUUCUUCAGUGGACACUCCCAACACUGACAUGCAUACCUGACCCAUCCAUUCCAACUACGAUAGAACCUUCAACAACCCACAAGACAACUCAAUUUCCUACAACGCACCUCUCAGUGCCCACAGAGAGAGUUAGCCCAAGACCAAUCACUCUCAGUUCACUUUUAUCUCAAACACUGCAUUUGGUCACAGAGACCCAAGAGGUCAUUACUACGGUUACAGUGACAACCACCAUCAUCAGUGACAUCACAUCAGUGCCAGUGGAUAAGUCCAGUGCAGUGACCUCUGUCCCCACGAAGACUGUUUCUCCAUCAGAGAGUUACUGUGUCCCCAACAGAACCCCAACCUCCAGUGAGGAUCCAGGUGUCGAUGGAAGCACUGGGAAGAAUUCUGCUACAGCCAUAUAUGCGGGUGUAGGUGGUGUGAUAGUAACCAUCUUGCUGGUUGCAGCGUUUGGAGUACUAAUGUUUUGGAGAAGGAAACGGAUGCAGCGGCUUGAUCUGUCGCCAACACCAGACGAAAUUAUGCAAAUGAAUGUUGUGACUUGAGCCACACUCCUUAGUGCUCUGACGGCCAACCAGCAGCCACUUAGAAAAGACAAAGGUGCAUCAGUCUGAUGGUGGGGAACAAUGACCUUGGAUUGGACAAGAACUGGACCAAAAAUUACAGUGGCUUGGACCUGAGUGUCCUCGCAUGGAAAAUUAAAAUAACAAAAGCACCACCCAAAUUGAUUAAUUUAAGACAUAUUUAUUUAAUUGAUUAAUUAAUAUCCUUAAACUGGCAAAGAUUCUAACUAAUCACAACAGCCCAAAAUCCAUGGGAUUACUUUCUCACUGAAUUCACAAAAGGUAUGUGAUAAACAUGCAACUUUGGAGAACAGUGAAAGUUAGGCCCGACUAACCGGUGCCUGUAUAUAGCCUCGCUACUGUAUAUAGCCUCGCUACUGUAUAUAGCCUCGCUACUGUAUAUAGCCUCGCUACUGUUAUUAUUCACUGUAUUUUUACUGUUGUUUUUU